AUGUUCCGUCGCAAGAAGAAGACGCCUGCUCGAGAGCCUGCCCAAGCUUUCGGCUACGACCGAGAUACCGUCGUCUCACUCGUGAAGGGCCACUACCGCCUGCUCGUGGACAUGGGCCAUCUGCACCCGGAAGCCCUUCAGGCGCCACCCGAAACGGGAUGGGCCGAUGAGGAGCUUAACGUCGACGCGCUGCGGACCCUGGGCCGCUCUGACAAGGUCAUUGACCUUUUACGACAUCUUCCGUAUCCACGAGCGGGACCCCCCAGUACUGACGAAGCGGGCGACGACGCGGUGGUCUACUAUGAAACGAAGGUACUGUCCUACCUCAGAAACAAGUGGCAGCCGGAAAAGGACCCAGACCCAAAUUGGCAUGAACGGCCUUUUGCCAUGCUUGGGUUGGCGCCUUUUGACAAACCAUUGCCGCCGCAUAUGGUAUCCUUGACAUAUGACGAAGCUGCAAUCGGAGUGAUUUGGCUCAUCGAUACGGAAAGAGGAUGUGUCUAUCCUCAGGGCGACGAUUACUACCUGUAUGAUGACGCCCCUGCCGAGGCCGAAGGAGACGCGCCAUGGCUCAGCGCAAAGGCGGUCUCAUUCCAGACCUUCUUCGAAAAGAUGCACAAGGAUAUCUCAAAUCUGAAGCUGGUCCCGGCACCUGCUGCGGGAAACUUUGGGGCUGCUAUUCGAGCGGUGAAUGACCCGGAUGCCAAGGCAAUGAAGAAGUUGUACCGUGAUUACGGCUGGCCGGACGCCUUCAGAAAAGAUGACUUUCUCAGGGCUGCCGUUCCUGCUCGCGCAGCCAUCUUGGACGACGAGUACGACUGGUCAGACGCGUAA